GUCAUCAACUUUCCUGAUCUACCUCAACAGCUGUAAGUCUAAACUUGCAGCCCCUCAGUUGUACAGCAACUCAUACUGAGCGGGGAAAAGGGGACUUGAAACUAGGACAGAGCAGUCUGGCCCCUUUCCCUUCGAAACCACAGGCGCAGAGAGAAGACACUAGUCUUAGGCGGGGAGAGAGAAAAAGAGAAGACACUUUGUGGGACGCUUGCUGCAGUCACUGAGGAAAGAAACCCCCGGGACACGGGCGAGUCCAGCCUGCAGAACAACCAAUUUUUAUAGAUUUUUUUUUUUUUUUUUCACAUUAUAUCAGGGGAAGAAUAUUCACUGAACAUAAAUCUCAUCACCUGGAAACAUGCACAGGCGCACAAAGAUAAAGAUUGCCAUCUUCGUGCUGAUGGUGGGUAUGGCUUGCAUGUUCACGGCGGUGGUAACGGACCACUGGGCAGUGCUCAGCCCGCCGGUGAACAAAGUCAAUGAGACCUGUGAGGCGGCCCAUUUCGGCCUGUGGAGGCUGUGCAAGAAGCAUAUCUACAUCAGCGAGGAACACUACAAGGAGGGGAACACAUGCGGACCCAUCAGCCUUCCUGGAGAGGAAAACUGCACUUACUUCAGACACUUCACUCCAGGACAGGAUGCUGAGAUCUUUGAAUAUAAAACUCAAAAAGAGUACAACAUUUCUGCCGCCGCCAUCUCCAUCUUCAGUCUGGCCUUCAUGAUCCUGGGCUCUCUGUGUUUGGUGGGGUCAUGCACCGGUAAAGGCAAAGGAAGAGACUACCUUCUCAAACCUGCUGGCAUGUUUUUUGCAUUUGCAGGUCUCUGUGCCUUCAUUUCACUGGAAGUGAUGCGACAGUCAGUGAAACGCAUGAUCGAGAGCGAGGAAACAAUCUGGAUUGAAUACUAUUACGCCUGGUCCUUCGCAUGUGCCUGCACCGCCUUUGUCCUCCUCUUCCUCACCGGCAUUGCCCUCCUGGUCCUAUCCAUGCCCCAGAUGCCAAGGAAUCCUUGGGAGACUUGCAUGGACGCUGAGCCGGAUCAAGUGGAGUGAGAAGCUAGACAAAUAUAUGAAUACAGGAUCAGAGUUGACUGCGUCUUUUGUUUUGAGUACAGAUGUUAGAUUCAUUUCAAGAACAAGAGCUGGCCAGAAAAGGUUAAGGUCAUAACGAAAGAAGCACAUUUGGGUGUGGUUGGACCAUAUCCAUGAUGGGAAAUUAACCUAACUACAACUUGAAAAUGGGCCUUUUUGUCAGAGUUUUGAAGGUUUCCUUAUCAUGGAGGGCAGAAAAUAGCAGUCCUGUCCAACACCUCCUCAGACAUGCUUCAUGUUGGAAACAUCAGCUCAAAUCUGACCCGAGGCCUAAAAACCGCCACGCUUCUCAGUAAGAGCCAACCUCGGCCAAACACAAUUUGCCAUUAUCAGUUAGUACUUGUACGCAAGUGUGAUCAGCACACACACACACACAAAAAUAUUAAACAUUAUGUAUUUCCCAAAUGACAUAUUUAGCUUAACUUUAGCUUAACCUCAGCUAAACAGACACAACGUAUUUAGAUGAAUUUACAUUUUGAGAAUAUACUGCAUACAGUGAUGGUCUGACACCUACUAUAAGAGAUUGUAUGUACUGCAUUAUGUAUGAUAUAUUGUACAUAUCUAAUGUUCAUCUGUUGAUUUUUCUAUGGCAUCACUCAAGGAAUCACUUACCUACAAGAAAUAUUACUCAAGUAGGAGAAGUGUAAACACAUGUACUCUAAUGUUAAGUUGUACAUUUCCAAGAUUUAUAAAGAACUUUGACAUGUGAAGUUUGUGCCAUUAAAGUAAGAACUUUUCAGAAUAAAUGACCGACUUCAAGGGGCAGUACAGAGCAGGUUUGUGUGUCUGCGUGUGCGGCAGGCUGAAUGCUAAACACCCACACAGUCUGCAGCUCUGAUCAUGUUGGAAAAGGUUCAGUUCUAGCAGGUGCACAUACAAGGCCUUUUACUUUUUAUUGACAGCUCCCAAAGCAAACCAAUUCUCUGUUCAUUUUCAUGCGUCACCACGAUCCAUCUGAAACAGCAACUCGUGUUUGGCAUUUUCUCUGAGUGUAACAGAGAUCAUACAACCCCCAUGUGGGUUCUGCAGCCCUUCUAAUGUUAGGCAAAAGUCCAUUGAGUUCAUUUUUCUUCUGACUUGACUUGUUUUUGAUAUGUUUGACUAAGAACCAAGUUAAAUAAAGCAAAAUCAAACAGGGAUACUACUAGUAUUGUUAACUGCUGACAUGAAUUUAUAUUCUUAGUCUUAUGUUUUUGUCUUUUUUCAUUGAAUAUGGCAUGCAAUUAAACAAUGUUCUGAAUGGUUUAGAUUCUGUUGGUGUGUGUGUGUGUAUGUGUGUGUGUGUGUGUGUGUGUGUGUGUGUGUGUGUGUGCGCGUCUGUCUGUCUGUGUCUGUAUGUGUGUGUUAUGUUCUAUAACUUUGUAAUGAAAAUUAAACCUUGGUAAGCUUUGGAACAAACUUUUGUCUGUGAUUACUUUGUGUUUUUUGCCAGUUUUCUUUGAUUUCACAAGAGAAUGUUUUUGACAGUAAAAAAGUCACCAACAGAAGCUCCUCUCUCCCACAGAAAAAAACUGAAAGCCUCGUCAGUAGUUCCGGCUUUAGUUCUGGGGCUUCUUGACAUCACACUAAGUCAUCAUGUCACACAUUUGCCUUAUUGACGCCUAGCGGCCAGUUUGACAUGUUAGAAUUAAUGUAGCAGAGCUGCUCUGCAUUGCUAAGUCAGGCCUGUGUGAGCUAACCAAUCAGAGGAGACUGGGCAUUCGGGACAGUGGCCAUGAAGAGACAGGAGCUCAAACAGAGCGUUUCGGACAGAAGAGAAACAUUAAUGCUGAGGCACUGAACAGUGGUGUGUUUUUUGAGCACUAAUGCAUGUAAAACCUAUUCUAGUAAUAUCCAAAAAAUAUAACUAUGAUGCUGAAAAUAAGCAAUAUUUUAUAUUUUUUCAAUAUUGGGAGUCCUGUCACAAUUUUGCUAGCAGUGCAGAGCCAUGUGUUAUUCAUUAAGCCUCAUCGCAGGCAGAGCUGGCCCUGGGCAUAGCAAUAUAGGCAGUAUAGGCAAAUGCUAGGGGCGC